AUGGAGCUCCGCUCGCUCGAAUUCGGGCCACCAGCGCCCCGCUCGCCGCCCUGGGCCAAAAGCAUGGGAGUCGUGGAAGGGACAACACAGAAGCUCCACGACCGUCUCGAAGACAGUUUGAAGGCAGAGCUUCAAAAAGUACAGCGAGAGUUCCAGGACUUGAAGCAGAUGCAGGGUCAAGUCGCUGAAGAUCUUGGACGGGUGCGUGAUGAUGUCGGGCAGUUGAAGUCUGCUCCGCGAGAGGCAGAGCCACCGCCACCGUCACCAUCCAAAGGUGCCGAGUUCGAUCCGGCGGAGUUGGAGAAGCGCAUGGACCGAAGGAUCGGCGACCUGCAGGAAGCAACCCGGAAGCUCCUCGAUGAUCGCCUGGAUGAUGUUGCUCGGAAAGCAGCUCAUGCAGCCUCCGAGAAGCUGCAAGCCGAGAAGGUGUCGUCACCUCCGGCCCCGUCGCUGGUGCCUUCGCCAGACAUGGGAGAAAUGCGGAAAGCUCUGGAGGAGUUCCGGCAGCAGAUGGCCGUAGAGGUGUCGAAAGCGACAGCGGCCAGUGUGGAGGAUGCCAUCAAGAAGCUGCCUGCGCAGGUGCCUGCGGCAGUAGAGGUCGCGAAGGCCGCGCCUCCGCCCAGCCCGAGGUCUGAACCGCCCAGUCCGAAAGCACCGGCGGCCCCAGCCCUCAACGAAGUUGCGUUGGUCUCGCCAACGGCACAGCCCUCGGAGCCCUCGGAGCCGGAGCCCUCGGAGCCGGAGCCGCAGCGGGCCGAAGUGUCGCGACCGGAGCCGCUGACAUUGCCGGAAACCGAGCCGGAGCCGGAUUCGGCUCCAGAACUCGAAGUGCCCGGUUGGGGAGCCUUGUCUCCCAGCUAUCAGCAAGCGCUCAAGGAGAGACUUGCUCAAUGCCAGACGGAAGACGAGAGGCGGCGCUUCAUGGUGUCCUUGGCUACGGAAAGAACGCGGCCACGGAAACCGAGGAACACCGAACCUUCGAACAUAGAGCUCUCUUGGGGCGAGCUGCUCUCCCCAAAGGAUGCUGAUCGCGCAAAGCGCCCAUCUUUGACGGAAGAGAAGGUGAAGCUAGACAAGGCGGAAGCCGAGAAGGUGGAGCAACGUCCUCCCGUUCAGUCAGGUGGCUUUCAGAAGAAAGAGCCGUCGGAGAAGCGUGAUACUGCCCUGACUCGACGGGCCUUCGCAGGAGGACUCGCAUCCUUUCUCCAACGGUGCCGCCCAGACCUCAUGGUAGCCCCAGCAACAUCUUCGGCUUCUGCACCAGAAGAAGUGCCGACGAAAACUGGAACAGCAGCGCCAGCAACGCUAGCUGUGCCGGCCAGCACGCCGGCCACAGCGACUCCCAGCGUGCUGACCAUGGCGCCUGCCUCUGCACCACUGGCCCUUACCAGUGCGGCCACAUCGAAGCCUGGGCCGUCGGCGUCUUCGGAUCCUCCAUUGCCACUGCCCCCUCCUGCAGAUCCACCCGUGCCAGUUGCCGCCAAAGCAAGUGGAGCCAUAGCACAGCCAACUUUGCAGCGGGCUGCCUCCGCGUCUGUUGAUGCCAACUUCGUGGCGCCGGCGGCAAAGCCUGCUCAGCCGGCUCCUUAUCCAUCUCCCGAGCCUCCGGCGAUUCCGAGCUUGCCGGGACCUCCACCGCCAAAGGCGACCACAGAAGCAAAGCCCGAGCCUUCCCCUUCCCCGUCUCCAGCCACCUCCAAGACGGCUUCCAACGCACCCCCGGCACCUAAAGCACCCAUUGCACCGGCUGCACCCCCAGCGGCCCCAGCGCCUCCUGCCACAGCGACUAGCUCAAGUGAUCCUGCAAGGACCCCUGCUGCGCCCGUGCCUAAGCCGGCACAGACUGUGCCAAAGGCCCCUGGAGCUGCAGCGGCCCCCAUGCCUCCGACUGUAACAGUGCCAAAGCCGCCUGUAGGUGGGCCGCCGCCACCCGAGCCACCAAAGCUCCCAAGUGCUGCUCCUGCGCCAAAGUUGCCAGCUCAACCCGCACCAUCGCCCGCAAUACCGAAGCCACCUGCUGACUUGGCUGCAAAGCCCUUGGGUGCAGCACCACUGCCGCCGGCAGCUGCCCCGAAGGAGCUGAAGAAACAGUUCUACGUCACGGUGAUUGAUGCCAAGGAGUACUUCGAGUACACCCCGGGGGUGCUCCGGGCCUUUGUGAGGCCAGCUCACUUGGAUUCCUUGACCUUUACCUUGCAGCCUGUGUACGAGCGCAAGAUGGGUGUGAAGUUCAUCUGGGGAGAAGUGAAGGAGCUGAACGGCGAUCGGAAGACUGCCAUCGUCAAGACCAUGUUCUCCAACAAUAUGGAUGAGAUUGGCUUUGACUACUGCAUUAUCUGCUCAGGCUGCAAUUUUGGGCCCUUCAAGCCCAUGGGCGAGAGCCUUUGGUUCCCGACAGUGCAUGAGGAAGGGCGGGCCGUCAGUGACUGGAAGCACAUCGACGAGCGCUUCCUGGAGGGCCGCCGCCGUCAUGUUCUGGAGGAGUACCACAAGCUGCAGGAUCUGAACAAGAAGAAGGCCACAGUUCUCAUCGUCGGUGCCGGCUUCAUCGGCGUGGAGUGGGCCACGGAGAUCGAGCAUUUCUUCCCAGACGUCAAGCUGACCAUCAUCGACUUCUUGCCGCGCUGCUUGGGACCUUUGCCGGACAGUGCUGCCAACUAUUGCUCGGAGUACAUGAACGCUUGCGGCAUCAAGGAGUUCUACAGCUGCGGUUAUGACCCGAAGAACCAAGACUUCUGGAAGAAGAUCGAGCUGCCCAACGGAGCUGACGAGACGUAUGUCUGUAUCGGCGUGAAGGCUUCAAACUAUUUCAUGCCCAAGAACACCUUGUCCGACAAGGGCCCUGGUGGAGGCGGCUGGAUCCACUUCAACAAGCACCUGCAGGUCACGGUGAAGCCCUCCGAGGGUGGCGGUGUUUGGGCUGAUGGCUCCAUCUUCGCGGUAGGCGACUGCAACUACGGAUGCAUCGGGGAGCCCGGAAAAUGGGAGAUGCCACCCGUCCCGAAGAUCUCCUAUCCCGGCGAGGAGCAGGCCUACCACGCCUGCUUGAACGUCAUGCGGCUGGCCAACAACAACAAGAAUCUCGUGAAGACCUGGUGGCCCUGGGGCGCCGGCAUGUUCGCCACGAGCUUGGGUCCUCAUGAUGCUUGCUUUGUCGCCGGAGCCAACGAGAACAAAGGCUCCGGCUACAUGGUGAACUGGUGGAUCCCCGCAGCCCUACAGAAGGAGAUCAUCGAAACCACUAAAAUCGACGAGUGCCGUGACCGCUGGAUCGGCAUCCUCAUUUGGCAUUUCGUCCACCACACCCCGGUUCACCUUUUCGGACGUGGCCCUUGGGUGGUGUAG